AGCAUGUUGUGCUUGGAAAGGGACCUCCAGGUGGAUCUUGGCACACGAUGGAUCCACAGAUUUUGACGCUUUCGUUGGGCAGUUGGAUGAGUUUGCCCGGUCUGAGGUACGAACCCAGGGACGGUUCGGAGAAGAGGGCGAGCGCAAAGCACGUCGCCGAAUAUUACGUGCGUUACGUGCAAGAGAUGGGACUGCAGGAGAACUUCGAGAACGGAGUUAUAGUCACGAGGAUCCGACCCUGCUGCGAACCUACAUCCAACUGCAACUCGAUACCUGAAGGCGGAUGUACAAAGGGCAAAUGGGUGGAGAAGGUCAACAGCGACAUCUGCCAGAAGGUCAAGCUGUGCUCGAGGCCCGAACCCAAGGAGAAGCAGUCGGCGAAGAGAAAGUGCGCUCUCGCAAACGCCUUCAACUACCUCAUGUCCAGGUCGUCGGCGACGACUUCUUCGUCUUCUUCUGCAGCGAAAAACGAUCUCGUCACCUACAGGGACCGAUCAAAGUCUUGUGAUAGCCUUAGAGUGCCUAAUUUUAACUGUAGCAACAGUAGUAGUAAAAAUAAUAACAAUAAUAGUUCCACGCUGAUGAUCUGUGAUCGAAAGAGGAGCCCCAAAUGGUACGUCGAAUGCUUCGAUCUGAAGACGAGGACGGUGCGAGCGUACAGCUGCGAUAACCUGGUGCUCGCGAACGGCUCCAGCGAUCUGCCCAAUCGAUUAUCGGUGGAGCAGACGGAUCCUUACUGGCUCACGCACGACUCUAGAAGCCUCGAAAUCGAACUGGAUCUCUACACCAGAGAGUCGAGGAAUCGAACCGUCGAUCCGGUGGUCAUCGUCGGUGCAGGUCUGAGCGCUGCGGACGCGAUCAUCGCCACCCGCUCCAAGGGAAUCCCAGUGGCGCACGUCUUCCGCGGUACCUCCACCAAUCUCAGUCGACAACUACCCGAAAACAUGUACCCCGAAUACCACAAGGUCCAUCAGAUGAUGAAGGAAGACUCCACGUACCCCCUGUACGAUGCCCUCCCCGAGCACUCUCUCGUCGGAUUCGAUGAGGUCCGUCGAUUGGUCCGGCUUCGCUCGAACGAUGGGAAGAUCGUGGACCUGAAGGUCUCCUUCGUGGCCGUCCUCAUCGGAUCCAAACCGGAUCUCAGCUUCCUCCCGGACGCCUACAACAUUGCCACCAAGAAGCAUCUUCCACUGGAUUGCAAGAGGAACACCGUCAACAUCGAUCGAAUCCGGCACUCGGUGAACGGCUUCGACGCUCUCUACGCGAUGGGUCCACUCGCCGGUGAUAACUUCGUGCGUUUCCUACCAGGUGGAGCACUCGCCAUCCUCAGCGAUCUCCAUCGGAAGCGUCGCGACGCCAUCGUCAAAUGAAUCUCAAUAUACCAAAAACAUUCGCACAUUCUACAUACACACACCAAGUAUUAAAGAGAAAGUCGAGGAGAAUCGAAACCAAUAUUCCAAUUUAAAACCAACAAAGCAUUUCAUCAGGCCAAGAAACAACAAACUCAAGAAGUAAAUGUUACUGAAACAACAACAACAA